AUGAGCCAAUCGGAUAUACCACGAACGCUGGAGUCAAUAUCGCAGACGCUCAUACCGAACACCAAUCUUGUUCAUCCACCCAAAAAACCUCAAGAUGCACAACUUACAGCGACCAUCGCAGACUUACACGUCCAUCCUACUAUCGAGACACUGUUGCAUAUCCUGAACCACGAUUUGCCCUCUGCACACUUCCUAGUGCGGCACAUGCAGGCACCGCCAGCUGUGGAAGGAAUGUUGCUCCAUGGUAUCUUGCACCGUGCGGAAGGCGACUUUGACAAUGCAAGAGCAUGGGUGGGCGACGUGGCAGACGCAUGUGAAGGUUACCAGCCCAAGCACAAAGAAGAAGGUCAGAAGCUGGAUGCUGAAGUCGCGAAGCAAGUUGGCAGCAACUCUUCCAUCUCUGCUUCGCUCAUCGAGUUCGUCUACGGCGACCAGGAGCCUAAGAGUCUGAUUGACGCCGUUGAAGAGUAUCGAAGCAAGAAGAAAAUUGACAGGGCAAAUGAUGAGGAUGGUAUCGAGAACAGGAUAAGGGCCGAGGCGGAGAAGGUGCUGGAGUGGUGCAAGAAUAAAUUUGGAGACGGAGUGUUUGAUGAUGCGACAAAGGCAUGGGUUAAGAAUAGCGAGGAGAUUAGCAAGAUUAGCGGAGACAUGGUGAGUGGCGGAAAGGGACAUAGGAAGUUCUGA